UCUGUGGUGGGAGUUAGGCAAGCGGUUUCCGUGACUGACAUGUUGGGGUUCUGCUUCGAUUAUUUCCUCGUUAUCGUGUUUGUUUCAUGUUUUUGACCAUAACACUUCAUGGUCUUAGACUACAAGUUCUCAACGCCCCUCUGAAACUAUCCCAACGCCACACAACAUUAACCACUCUUCAUGUCCAUGGUAGACGCAUUGCAGGUGCAAGUGAUUUUCUUUCCUUAGCAAGCUAAAAGUUCUCCAAGAAUCCACGCUAUAUUCCAGAUUGUGGCUGUCAAUCCCAAGUGAGCGGUGGGGAUUUGCAUUGCGAGCCAGUGUGAAGGUGCUAAUGACCAUUGAUCUGCAAUGAUUAUAAGCCAAGCCAACUGUCUAUGUGUCCCACCAGAGACCUUGUCCUUGAGGGUGGUGGGCGCAUGUGUAACAAGGAAUUCAUGCCCUUUGUAAAAUCAUUUCAUGAGGGAGAUCUGUACCACAGUGAUUGUUUGUUGAAGCCUUUUUUAAAUGUAGCUUGAAUAAACUUAUAUCAAUCUGGUUCUUUGAACUUUUGUACUUAUAGAAUAAUAAUUAAACACAUUUUAGUUGAAUUCCCAUAUUAAAUACCCAUACAGCAGGGGCUUAUCAAAAAUCAUAAACUGACAAGAGCUGUGGGGAAAAUAUAGUUUACAUACCAUUAACAUUUCAUGAGCGCUAAUACCAAUCCAGGAUUUUGCAUAUCUACAUGCUGCAUUGAUUCAUCCCUGGAAGAUGCAGCAGCUUGUAUCCUUAUUAUGGAGCAGUCGGUUUAAACAUAUUUGCCAUUGUGCUUGAACACUUGAUACAGCAACACAGAGUGAGUAAGCCCGGAGGCCUGGUUCUCUCCUGUAAGGACGGCCCGCGCCACCAAAAUAUCCCUGCAAUGCCGGGACGGCGACGUGCCUUUGGAAGUGUGUUAAGAAUAGACUCACAAUAGGGCUUGCUUCUGUUGUCUGAGGACAGAGUGUUGUCUGGAGGGAACAGAGCAAGAAGUGAUACAGAGACUUGGGCUCCGUAAAUGGAUCACACUGGAUCUUCCCACCUGGAACCUGGCACACAAUCCUAGGAAAAAGAGAGAGGGAGUCAGCAAGUCUGUGUUGGCAGGGAGGAGUAGGGGGAAAGUGUCGAGGCAGCGAGGGAGGUGUAGGGUUUGACUCCGUGGCCAGAAUCUGAAAGAUCCUGCAGCGCCUCAAGCAUUGCAAGCAUGACGGGAAUGAGUGGCUCUGAGGUCAUCUUCAUCUCUGUCAAUCACAGCAUCACUUUGAUGGGUGAGUGGCUUUCACUGACACAUUCACAGCUUUCUGUGUUUUGCUUGUCCCUAAAUGUUGGCUAUUCUAGAGAUCUAUAAAUCUCAAAUAGGCAAUUAUCAGAUCAGCCCAUUUUUUAUUAACAUGCUUAUUUUUCAGGCAAGGUGUGGCUCGUUGUGAUGAUCUUCCUUCGUAUCCUGAUCCUCCUCUUGGCUGGUUAUCCUCUCUACCAGGACGAGCAGGAGCGAUUUGUGUGUAACACCAUUCAGCCCGGCUGUGCCAAUGUGUGCUAUGACCUAUUUUCUCCCAUCUCACUCUUCCGCUUCUGGCUGGUGCAGCUCGUCACCUUGUGUCUCCCCUACUUCGUCUUCGUCAUCUACGUGGUCCACAAGGUCUCGAAGGGCCUCACUGUCGACCCUUACCCCCCGGGCCGCACCAAAGCCCUACCUUUGCCCGGGAACCACCAGGAGCCGUUCCGCAAGACAUCUGUACACGAGAUGGCUGAGCGAGGGGGGACUCGGUGCUUCACAGGAGCCUACAUCCUCCAUCUGUUGUUCAGAACGUUGCUGGAGGCAGGGUUUGGUGCAGCUCACUACUAUCUGUUCGGUUUCCACAUCCCCAGGAGGUUCCUGUGCCAGCAUCCGCCAUGCACCACCCAGGUGGACUGCUACAUCUCUAGGCCCACUGAGAAGACCGUGAUGCUCAACUUCAUGCUCGGCGCCGCUGCUUUGUCCCUUUCCCUCGACGUGCUGGAUUUCUUCUGCGCCAUCAAGCGGUCGGUGAAACAGAAGAUUAAGAGCAGGAUGAAGGUAGUGGAGAAGAUAUAUGAGGAGGAGCAAUGUUUCCUUUUAGGCAUGGGCGCCUCAAGAGGACAAGAGCCAAAUGCUCCACCGGCUAAGCAGGAGCAAGAAGAGGCUGGUCUCCCGGGGAGUUUCCGGAAAAGGCGAGGCAGCAAGGGCUCUAGUGCGGGGCUUGCUUUAGGUCAGGAAACACCCGGCUCGGAGCGCUCUUCUCUUCCACACUCUCCAGGACACCCAGGCUGCAACUCCAACGGAAACAACGCCUACUCCGUUUCCCUGGAGGAAGCUCUGGAGAGGGAUGGCAGCGAGGUAGCUCUCUGCCCCCCAGAGGCCAUGAGGACACCCAGAUCGAUCCGCGUUAGCAAGCGGAGUCGACUCAAACCCCCACCUCCGCCCAGACGGGACCUCGGGGCGUCCCCCAGGGAGCCGGCGGUUCCCUUCGGAGACGAUUCCACAGCAAUUUGUACCAGACGGGUGGGUCAGUACACACUGGUUGAACUGGGUAGCGGCACAGAGCCACAUGCCAAUGAUGAAGAGAUGAGAUCCGAGUGGGUGUAAGGGUUGGAUUGAUUUAUUUCCAGGUUACUUUGGAGCACAAGGAUGGGACAAAUAUUUGUGAAUGAAACGUGACCAACCGACACAGAUAACCUCAGGCUUACACAGUGGCAGCAACUGAUGCCAAGCUCCAUUUCAGAAUGCACACUGCACUGCUACUAGAGGAGAUUAUAUAAUGACAAUGCAGGCAGAAUUGUGUUUGAUGUGAUUUCAUUACGCCAUCGAAUCACGUUGCCUUUUGAGAGGCUGAGAAGCGGAGGGAUGAAAAGUCCUAAAACAAGUCCUGUGCUUCCGUGUCCCUGAACAAACCUCAACCUUGUGAAAAUCUAAAAGAGAGCACCCCACCUGUUUCUCCCUGUUGUUGGCUUUUAAUCCCGCCUUCCCAGACACGCUGUCCAUCUACAUUGACAGGCCUUGACCUGUCUCAACACCAUCCCCCCACUCUAUGUGAUACCAACUCUUUUGAGGUUGGUCACUGGGGUCAGAGGACAAGGUUAGCCUUAAGGCCCUUUCGUUGGAUGACCUUUUUAGAAUAAGUAGGUCAGGCCCAGAUGAAAAGACCAUAAUCUGUCUACGGUGGUGUUAUCAGACUCAUGGAAAGGUAUAGGACUCCUUCGUCAGAAGUCAAGGACACUAUGAAAGACCCUGAAGCCGGUAUAGGCUCACAAAGCAAUUAUGCUCCCCCAUGGGGUUCAGUAUUUAUGGAGACGGCUUGUCACUCUAUUUCAGGGCCUUGCUGAGCUUAGGAGGAAUACAACCUUAACACACACUGACACUAGAAAUAGAGCACAGCGGAGCUCUGCAAAGGAGCAGCGAUGCCAGUUGCCCUUCAGGAUGUGUGCUAACUGGGGCUUUAGUUUCACUUUGAUCGAAACUAAGAUUACUGAGUCCGACACUCCCACUAUGACACAUGUCAAUCAUUGGCCGCCUAGUGUAUAUAGUUGGGUUGCUGCAGGAUUUAAAUGACGUUUUCCUUUUCUGAAAUGUUAAACCAACAUGUCAUUCUAUUUUCUUGAAAUCUCUGGACUACCCAACACAAGUGAUUUUGAGGAUA